CGACCGAAGCUUCCUCCUCUUGUCUCUUCGUCCUCCCAUCUCUCUCUCUCUCUCUCUCUCUAUCCCUUCUUCUUCUUCUUCGCUCUCAUUCUUGGCGACCUGAUCUCUGCAACAGCAGCUUCUCCGCCCAAUGUAGGCGCUUCAUUAUUGCCCGACCGAAGUGAAAGAGAGAUAAAUAAAUAAAUGAUGCCUUGCCUCGCCUGCCGUGCGGCUGCUUCAGAUUGUCUCGACUGACUGAAUUCUAUUCCUAGUGAAGAGACAGUUCCAUCCUUCCACCCCUUUCCUCUCCUCUCCUCUCCUCAGCUUGCCGUUGCAGUUGCAGUUGCUGCCAACAGGCUCUGCUAUGGGCUUGAUGAACUCCCAUUCACCUCCAACAACAUGCAAGAUGGAUUCUCUGCUGUGGACGGUUUCGUAGAGAUAACUGAGAGCUUAGCAGAGAUGAUCAAGUACGUGGCAAAUGAGCCCUCGGUCGGGCUCUUCUAUAUCCAACAGCAUACGCAGAAUGCAGUCCCAAAUGUGAUAAACCUCAAGAACAAAGUGGGCUUGAAAUCACAUGAGACGACCCUGCAUACCGAGGAUGCAGAAGAUUCCAUUGCGAUGGUGAAAUCAAUGAAAGAUUGCGGGCUUCCCAUUGCUGAUGAAAUGAUCGCCGACAUAAAGAAAUCACUGAGCAUCAUGUCGGUGAAACAGCCAAAGAAGGGUCUAAUCAGCCCGGCUUCAAGCUUCCAGAUGGGAAGGAGCAGAUCGUUGGGACCCUCAAGUUGGGGUUGGAGCAAUGACCCAGAAGACGGUGAGAGGAAGGGGGGAUAUUUCUCCAGCGUCUUUAAGUCAGCCAAACAGAAGGCUGGCAACUUCAGGUGGCCCCAGCUCGAUCACAAAGGACCAAUGCAGAUGAAAGAUGAGAAGGAAGAGAAGUCCAUGAGCAAUAGCAAUGAAAUGCUAUUGAGCUCUAGCUCAACCCUGCCCGGUGGUGAAUCUGACGAGCUUCCCUUGUCAAGUCAGGUAACAGACGAACUGCCCGAAGGUGAGGGAGAAGGAGAAACAACUGAAGACUCCGUGGUGCAUAAUCCUCCAUUGCCCUUCUCGGAAGAGUACGAUAGCUUCAAAGCUAACAGGGAAGCUAAGUUAGAGGAGUGGUUAGAAGGAAAUGGGAAGCGAGAUAAUGUCAAUGGAGCAUCUGCUUAAUGUUUUAUAACCUUCUGUCACUGGUGACUGCAAACAAUUGGUUGAUUGUACAGAUUUUUCAUGUUGAGUGUGGCUGCUCAAUCUCGAGUAAUUCGCGUGUGUUUUGUAGAUUGUAUAUUAGAGAUCAAGAUUGCCUUUGAGUGGCUUGCGCGGUGCAAAUAUCAUCAAUAUCUGUAUCUAAUUUACACCUAAAUUCAUGUAAUGAAACUGUUUACAAUUUGCAAGAGAUGCUUUAAACAAA